AUGUAUCGCAUUAAUUACCAGUUCUUCCAUCUCCCCCUCAAUGGGAACGCAUCCUUUCCCCGCUGCCACCCUCUGCUUUUGAGGGAGAAGACGGUGGACCCAGGUCUCACCAAGGAGCUCGGGUCCGCCAGACCUGACCCCGGCGCCGGCGGCUUUUGCCCCUUCUCGGAUCUGCAGUUCCUAGACGGCGGCCAGCCUCCAGAGAACGAUGGCUGCCCCAUAGGCCCCGUGUACCCAAGCCAUCCCGCUGUUUCGAACGGGGGCGCCACCUCUCAGGCCGCCUCCGCAGUCCAGGAGAGCGCGGCGGGGCCGGUUCCCUGGCAGCACUAUGAGUGCAGCUCCACGCGUUCGGGCGCAGCCCUCGCCUCUGGAGAGUCAGGUUUGGCCGAAUUCUCCAGCUGCUGUGGCGACCGUGGGGUUAGAGUCGCACCACCCCCCGCGGAGCCCUGGUCUGGAGUCCGAGCUGAGUGGAGGCUGGGGACUGGUCAGAGCCAAGCAGACGGCUACGGCUACGCUACGGGCUCCUCCGCCCCACGUGGGACGGAGUUUGCGGGUCCAGCCGCCACCCAGGCCUUUCUCCCUGGCCGCGGCGCUCGGCGGACCCGGGAUCCACUGACAUUCGGUCUCAACGAAUUUCGGGCGGAGAGACGGGAGUCCUGCGUGUCCCGCCGCGCCACAGGUCCCAGCGUCCCCGGGAGUCUGGCACCCCCGGGAGGCCUAGCCCAAGGGCGGGAGCGUCAGCGGGGCCCCGCUGAAAGUGCACGACCCGGGCCGCAGGCGGCCGAGCAGCGCUGGGAGCAGGCGAGCGGCAUCUGGGAAGCUCAAAGGCCGCCCGCCCUGGGCGCCCCAGGCCCCUGCGCUGGGAUUGUCCCAACUUUAGGAAUGUCCGCUUCUGCGCGAGUCCGGGUGGAGCUGGACAGGGUCCGAGAGCUGCGGGCUGAGGGCUCUGGCCUGCAUGUGCUCUCCGCGGCUGUGUUCAGAAAGUGCUCGGGGUUCUCCGGACACAGCAGCCUCUAGAGGCGGUCUUGGGAAACUGGGAGGCGGGAAGAAGGCGGCAGUCUCCCCUGGGGUCCUGCUGUGGGAUCGCGCAGCCGGGAAGCAUCGAUCU